AUGGAUUGCAAAGCAGUUAGUAUUCUCUUCGUUGCUAUUAUACUUGGUGCCACAAUCAUGAUGGCGAAUGCAUAUAAAAAAACCAAUAUCGGCGAAAGCAUGAAUUAUAUGCAGCUCAACCUUCGAGACUUAUUAUCUGAAAACAUGAAUGCGCGUGAUCUGCCUAAGUAUAUCGCUGUGCCUACACAGCUCAUUAUCAAAGAAAUUUGUCCCAUCAUGGCAGAAACGAAAGAUGCGAAAUACUUAGCUGAUCAAUGUCAAGACAAAUUCACUUUUGAAACGAAGACUUUUCAAAAAGUGAUUUGUCCCAACCUCCCAGAAGAAGUAGCUGCGAAAUUCUUUGGUGGUGGCUUGUGUGUAGCCAAAUAA